AUGGGCAGGCUGGCCCCCGCGGCCCCCGCCAGAGCCCAGGGCGAGAGCCUGAAGUACUUCAUCGAGGAUCCGGCCACGGGCACCCUUUACAAGCGAGGCCAGCUCUUGGGGAAGGGCGCCUUCGGAAGAUGCUACAAGUUCACGGACACGUCCACCAACAAGAUCUACGCGGUGAAGGUGGUCUCCCAGUCACGGGUCUCCCGGCUGGACAACAGAGGGAAAGUCGAGCGGGAGAUGGAGCUGCACGGCCGGCUGAAGCACCGGCACGUGGUGGCCUUUCACCGGCAUUUUGCUGACCAGGAGAACAUCUACAUGGUGCUGGAAUAUUGCAGCAGGAAGUCCCUGGCCCACAUCCUGAAAGCGCGGAAGACACUGACGGAACCGGAGGUCCGGUUCUACCUGAAGCAAAUCAUCGCCGGCUUGCAGUACAUCCACCAGGAAGGGAUCAUCCACCGGGACCUCAAACUGAGUAACUUCUUUGUGACGAAGACCAUGCAGGUGAAAAUCGGGGACCUGGGGCUGGCGACGCGGGAGGAGCAGGCCAGCCGGCGGCGAGGCGUGGUCUGCGGGACCCCCAAUUACCUGGCCCCCGAAGUCAUCGCUAAGAAGGGGCAUUCGUUCAAGUCGGACGUCUGGGCGCUGGGCUGCAUCAUGUACACGGCCUUAACCGGCUGCUCCCCUUUCGAGAUCGCGCACAAGCCGGAGAUGUACCAGUGCAUCCGAGAAGGCCGCUAUCCCGUGCCCCGGCAUCUCUCGGCCAGCGCUCAGGACCUGAUCAGGAAGCUGCUGGCUCCCGACCCGGCGGCCCGGCCCAGCCUGGAGGAAGCCCUCAGCCACGCCUUUUUCACCCAGGGCUUCACUCCGGCCAGGCUCUCGUCGCGGGCGUGCCAUUCCGCCCCGCUCUUCACGCUCCCCAACCCGCUCAGGAAGUUCUUCCAGAAAGCGGCCAAGGUGCUUUUCCGGGGCUCCCCUUGCCAGAACCCCAGGACCGCGAGCCCUGAGCCCCCGGAAGCGGAGGAAACCCGGCCGCAAGAGGUGCCGCGGCGCCCCCCGGCCGACCCCCCCAGCUUGCCCCCAAAGCAGGAAGAGGAAAAGCGGAGUGUGGAAGAGGUCCUCGAGGAUCCGAGCGGCUUCCCUGUCCACUUGCUCAUGAGGGGGUCUCUGAACAGCCGGUCUGAUGCAGAGGCCGAUGCAGAGUGGCGCCCAGGCGGUGCUUUGGAGACGCUGGACCAAGUGCUGCGGACCUGCCUGAAGACCAUCCCCCUGGCGGAGCAGAACCCGGAGGCGCAACAGUGGUCCGGGCCCGUCCGGAUGGUCACCAAGUGGGUGGACUACUCCAACAAGUACGGCUUUGGCUACCUGCUCUCGGACGGGUCGACAGGGGUUCUCCUGGUGGAUGGGACGCACAUCGCCCUCUGCCCUCAGCGCCAGCGGGUCUGCUACUGCGCGGAGGGCCAGGAGGCUGCGUCCUUCCCGCGGAGAGAGGUGCCCCCUUCCUUGGCCAUGAAAAUGGGCGUCCUGCACUUUUUCACGCACUACAUGCAGCAGCGGCUGCUGGAGGGGGGGCACCGGCGGACGAGCCCCGGCGGCUCAGCUGAGGACCUCUCUCUCCUGCAGUUUGCAAAAUCUGACGAGGCUCUCUUGAUGCUCUUCAGCAACGGCACCCUGCAGGUCAAUUUCUACCACGACCGCACGAAGGUGGUGCUCAGCCGCUCUGACGGGGAAUAUGUCUUGACCUUCGUGGACCACCAGCGCCGGACCGCCACCUUCUCGCUGGACACCCUGGCGCUGCGGGGCUGGACCCUGCCCCUGCGGGAGCGGGUGGUAUACGCUCUGCGCAUGCUCCAUUACCUGUAGCAGCCCCCGACCCUCCGCUGCGGCCCCCCACGACUGCUGGAGACGGGCGUGGGGAAGCCGUGCAGGAG